CUUCAGUUAACCUGAAGUCAACGGGACGCACGCACGUAGUCUGUGGUUCAUAUACCUACCUAGAUAGAUGAAUAUGGAUAUAGAAUUAUUUAUAUCAGAGAUACAAUCCCGUCCUGCGAUUUGGGAUUCAAAAAGUGAUAGUUAUAGUAAUAGAGGAGAGAAAGUUAAGGCCUGGGAAGAAAUCUGCGAAUUGUUUGUAGGAGAUUUUUCGAAUAAAACUGCCAAAGAAAAGAACAUUGCAGUAACUAAAUUACAGAGGAAGUGGAAGAGUCUUCGUGACAGUUUUAAUAGAGAAAAUGCAAAAAACAAGAACGUUGCGAGUGGUUCGGCAGCAACAAGCAGUAAACAGUACAUUUAUUUCAAUCAUCUAUCUUUCUUGAAUACCUUAAAAGAAGUGAGACCGCCUACCGAUGUUACUAAUGCAACUAAUGCUGCGGAAACAUCUCGCCCGAAAAUAAACAGAAACUAUAAUAUAAAAAGGGCCGACAAAUCAGAAGAUGAAAUACUCAGAACACUUUCGGAAAAUUUAAAACGCAAACAUGAUCAAAUAAGCGACCAAGAUGACCCCGAUAAGCAAUUUCUGAUGUCGCUGCUUCCACAUGUAAAAAAAAUUGACGAAAAUUGUAAACUAGACUUUCAAUCCGAAAUAUUACAGUUAAUUAGAAAGUACACACAUAAUCAAAAUUAUGACGUAUUUUUAUCAAAAGUAGCGCAAUUAAACCUUCUUCGUCAGAGUCCAUUAUGAUACUAAA